AUGGAUGAGCUGAAGGAGCAGGUGGAACAGAUGCAACAGGAGCAGCCCACCUGUGAGGCUCCUCCCUCUCCACCUCCUCAACCCUCGCCUUUAUCUGUUACCUCUGAGGGGGGAGAAACUCUGGUCCAAUCCCAAUGUCCACCCUCACAGACUCACAGCCUUGGAGGCGUGUUCCCGAGAUCGCCUGUGCCUUUGCUGGCACAUGCAGGAAGAGCAGCAGAGGUGGAGGUGAGCUCAGCCAGAGAAGAAAGUGAUGAAGAGGAGGCAGAUAUGGAUGAUGAAGAUAGUCUGAGUUCUCUGUAUCUCAAACCUGUGAAAGGCAAACACAGACAUGUUGAACAAGACUUUGACGCGCUGAUGGAUCACUACCAAAGCUUCAAAGACUUUCCCAAAAUGUUUGACCAAAUCCAUAGCGACAUGCAGCCUGGGGAUGAUGAGACAGAGGGACGGGGUCAAGGAACUGGACACAUGGAAGUCCAGAAAAGCCUUCCACAAAGAGUGAAAGCCGAAUCAGACCAUCAGGAAUCUGCUGUUGGCAUCAGCAAACAGCGGACCAGCAAGUCCACUCAGCCUUCACACAGGGCCUCCAAUCAGUCCACCUUGCUCUCUGUUCAUCCUCCCAGUAGCCACAGGAGGUUAGAGAUGGAAAAGUCCCACAGUAGCAGCCUAACCAGCCUGGGAGAGAUCACUGCACCAGAGAGCAGAAACUCCAAACUCCAAACUGGGAGCAGGAGAGUUCUUUCUCAGGAUGGGAUCAUCUCUCCAGAGACAGACAGUGGGUUUGUUGGUUCAGAGAGCAGCAAUCUGACUCCUGCAGCAGCUCCCAGUCCUCUCCACCAGAGGGCCUCACAGAGUGUUUCAGUCCAUCAGGAGGGGAACACAGGGAAACAUCAGACAGGUCCAGUCUCAGCACCAUCUCCUGCUUCCUCACGGUCACACAGUCGCACAGCUACGGAGUCAAGAGGGGCCCCACAGUUCGGCCCCGACCAGCCUAACAGAAGCAGACAGAGUAGGCGCACCUCCUCAUGCGCCCCGCAGCGCUGGGUCGGUCAGAUGGAGCAAACCAGGGCCGACAGUGGAGCCAGUGAGUUUGGGCUGGAGAGUGACAGUUCUCACACUGUGUCUGAUGAUGGACAGAGUGACCAAUACGCAGAAUCCAUUCCCUCCCUCCACAUCUCCCACCCAAGCUCCUCACCCACUGUAUGGUAUCACCAUGGCGAUUCUCUCAGAGCCAUGGGCUUCAGACAAUUGGCGAAUCGCAAUGAUAUGAUCCAGACACUGCAGGCUGAGGUCACCACACUGAAGGACAGACUAGAAAGCUGUCUGAGCAAUAAACCUUUCAGUCCCAUGAGAGCUGCUCCUUCAGCUCAAGUUAACUACACUCACUUCACCUCUACACCUCGCAUCAGGCCUGAGGAGAGAUGUCAGAGUGAUGUCAGCAGAGGAAGAAGAGAAAGACGAUUGGUAGAAGAGGAGUCUAGAAUGAGACGAACAGCCAGAGAGAGAUCACCCUGUGUAGACAUACAAAAACCACAACGUGACAUCUGUUCAGAGCCGGAGACCCCCACAACCCAGUCUCGGCCUCGGGUGUCCAGAUGUACUCAAACAUCCACUGCAGCACCAGACAGCUCCUGUUCACACACAAAUACUACCCACAGCAAGAGAACACGCCCCAGGCAGCAUCCUGCCGUGUCUAUACAAGUGCCUAACAUAGCACAUGAACCUGACAGCAGAAAUCAUCAAGCUCCUGUUUGUCUCGAGUGUUCGUCUUGUCACAGAGGACGAUCUGAACGACCAGGUGGUGGCAACAGAGAGCCGACCCACUCCUCCUCUCACUGUCCUCACUGUGGACGCCCUGAACCGUACAAAAGCACUAAGCCAGACUGUCGCAGGGACUCAGACUCCCCUACACACACAAACUGCCAACCGGCCAAGUCCCAUGACAGAGCGGUGAGGAACAGAUAUGCUGCAGCUCCACCUGCACUGCUGCAGUGCAUGCCAGUGUGCCCACCACCACUCCUGAUGUACUCACUGCCACUCCACGUGUCUCCUAGCAACAGCACUGGCACAUCCUCAGGGGUCAGAGGUCACGAAGAGGUGAGGGGGAGGAUGAGACGCUCCCUGUCUACUGAUAAGCAGCACACCUUGGACACCUCUCUGAACAGAGCAAUCAAAGCAGCUCAAAACAUGAAGCACACCUCGAGACACAUGGCUCGCUCUCUGGCUACUGGACUGCAGUACCAGGAGCUGCUGACUCAGUCCUACAGCUGCUAGACUGAACUCACUUUACUGGCAGCUUAGACUGAGAAACUUUCACUCAGCAGCUUCGUUUCAGCUGCAGAAUGAGGCUGUGAACAUCACCAGCAGACACAAGCAGGACCAAAGUGAAUAAAAAGUCUACAAUACCCCUUAUUGUAACUUUUCUUAAGUUUGUACAUUUGGGGAAAACUGGUGCUGAAGCCUCUUCAUUUUUAAAUGGCAUUUUAUGGCAACAGUUAAGUCUCAGGUCGGCACACAUGAAUUUGUUUCUUCCGCAGACAUUUAUUUAUAAAGACACUGAUGCUGGCAUACAUGGAAAUCACUUUCUAUAAUGAUGUAGUACUGUAGCUCAGUUUGAUUGAAACUGUAGUAAGUUGAUCAUAUUGAUUUUUAAACCCAUGAGGUAAAGACAUUAGUUUUUUUACUUAACAUGAGAAAUUACAGCUGUCUGGAUAUGGCAGUUGUCAUGAGUUAAUAAUCAGUUAUAUUAAGCUAUUUAUUGAUCAUGUGAUUAUAUUUUUAAUGUGACUAUUUUUCUAGUUUGUAGAAAAAAUAAGUUCAGGAUUUCAGUGUUACUGUAGUUGCUGUAUAAACUGUGUACUUGUUGAUACAGUAACAUGUUACACUCUAAAUGAAAUGCACUCGCUCACUGCACCUGCUCCAUUUUGGAUGGUCAUAUUACGAACCAUCAUGGAUCUAUUUUGUUAAUAGAAACUUGCUUGUCAUUUUUAAUCUCCAAAAUAUAAUGAAUAGAGUUGCGUGGCCACACAAACCUGAGAUGCUGGAUAUCCUUAAAAUUAGUUCUUCUUCCGUGUUGUUAAGUCAUUUUCUAUGUAUAGCCUACACGUUCAAAAUUGUGGAGUUUAGAAUGAUAUUUUGUACAGUGUUUAAUCAUAAGCUUGCAAGUGUACAUGAGCCAGAGGAACCAGUCUACUGUAACUGACCAGCUUUAUGUGGAUCAGAUACCAGCACUGCGUUGGUGAAGGGUUUUUGACAUCCAGGCUGGUUUGGAUCCAGAUUUACACACUGGUGAGAUUGCAAAGACAUAGGAUUAUUUUUACAGAUAAAAUUGUCUAUUAUAUUUGGUUAAAAUAUACCACAGAGCUGGUGAAUAUAUUAAGUGAAUUCUGUUUUAGUUAGUUUCUAAUCCUUUUUUACCUUUGUACCAUUAUUUCUCAAACUGUUUGUCUUUUCAAUAAUUUGCAGGGAGUUUUUUUCCAGUUGUCUACGGAGCCAAAUAAAAGUAGA